AUGCCGCCAUCCAAGCCGCUUCACAGCGAACGGUCUGUUGAGGUUAUCGAGGUCUCUUCCGACGAAGAUGAGACCCGUGGACAGAGCAGACCACAGCCGCUACGCUCUGCAGCGCUGCGUGCAACGAGGAAAAGCACUCGGCUUCGUGCUCAAGGGCAUCUUCUCGAUAGUCAGGACGCGGGAUCCGGAGAUAGGCAUUUGACGCGUGAGGGCAAUUCAAAGCAGGCCAGUACAGUUGCACAGGAUACAAAAGGCGACCGGGGAACUCGUACAACUGAUGAAUCUAUCACAAAAGAACGAUUCAGCUCGACGACAUUGGUCCCCGCCCCCUUUCCUUAUAUCCCUCCCCUUUCGUGCACUCCGAGUCCUACACGCGUCACCCUGUCCUUGCCGGACACUCCGUCGUCUCCGCAUCUUACCCCCACGCUGGUCAAAACUUCCACCUCACCUGCGACUGCUACUUCAAACAUUCCACUUACACAGUCCACCGAGGGUUCGGACCUCCCAGCUCAAAACCUCGGUAAGCGUAAGCGUACAUUCUCCGACGUAAUGAGGGAACUUGGCAGGGUUGGAAGGCAGGCUCGAGAACUUGAGAACGAGAUUUUGAAGCGCCUUGUGGAGGACUGA